CUAUAGAUUAGCUUGACCUGGGAUUAGCCAGGGAAUCUUCACUAGAACAAAGAUGAAUUCUGAACAUUGUUCCAUAACAGAGAACAGCUCCUUGCAUCCAGAGGGUGGACAACAAGGUAAUGCCGCCAGCCCUCAUUUUGCAACACAGCAUGAAGGGUCCCUUCAAGUUCCUAUCCCAUGUGCUGUUGUGAAUGUGGUCCUCAUCACUGUUUUAAUCAUAGCUCUCAUCGCUAUGUCAGUGGGCCAAUACAAUUGUCCAGGCCAAUAUAUGUCCCCAUUGCCAUCAAAUAGCCAUGUUUCUUCAUGCUCCGAUGAUUGGAUUGGAUACCAGAAGAAAUGCUAUUUUAUUUCCACUGAAAAGAGGGGCUGGAUGCUGGCCCAAAACUUUUGCUAUGAACAGGGUGCUACUCUUGCGUUCAUUGAUUCUGAAAAGGACAUGAGCUUUUUAAAACAGUAUGUGGGUAUAACUAAUCAUUGGAUUGGGCUGAAAACUGAAGAUGGUCAGACAUGGAAAUGGUCAGAUGGCAAAGAAUUUAACAACUGGUUCAGCCUCCCAGGAUCUGAGAACUGUGCAUUUCUGAAUGGUACAGGAGUCAGCAGCACAGCAUGUGGAAAGAAUUUAUAUUCGAUAUGUAGCAAACCCGCUAAAUAAUGAGGAAACAUAUUUGCUUUUAGACUGUUAUAACAUGGAACUCAAGGAAAUUUGUGUUGAUCGAU